UACUUUUAGGAACAGAGGGAGUACUGUAUUAGCCACUUUCAUAGGUGAUAACGAAGUCAACAAUGCUGUUCAACUUUAGAUAACAUUUCAUCAAUCACUAGUCACAAUAAUACUAGUAUUUUAGAUUUCUUUUUCAGUGGUAAAUUAUUUACAUAAAUGUUAAUGGAUUUUUUUCCCAGUCCACUAGCACUCCCCUCUUUCCAAAACAUGCUUUUCUGAUAAAGAUAAACACUCAUUUUAGUCAUUUAUCACCAAAAACAUGUAUUUUAACGAAUUUUAAUCAAUUAAAAAUAAGAAAGUUGGUGUUGUUCAUUCACGGAAUCUAUGGAAGUUCAUUUUUGGCACACGCGCAAACAUUUUCUAGAAAGAAGUAUAUUUACAGAUAGAAGAGAUGCUAAAUUUUAUGUAUUUUCUUACUAAUAAAAAGAGGGACAGACAGAUUUCUCAAAAAAAGGAAGAAAACAGGUCACAUGGCUCCUCACGUUCCUCGGGUCUCUCUAUAUUACUGUGUGCCUUGGCGUCAAGAUUCCCUUGGACCCUCCACUUCAAUUCAUUUCCGUUUCUCUGAUAUCUAAAGUUUCUGGGUUUCUCCUCCUCCAUUCUCAUUCUCAGACACAAAGUAUUCUCUGAAAUUUGUUUUUUUUUCUUUUCCUUUCUCAAAUUCAAACCUCUGAGUUUUUUAGGUGGGUCUUCGUCAAACUUUGUCUUUCCAAAAAAAGGACGCCUGAAUUUAAUAAUCUUCAGACAACAUUGUCCGCUUCGGCUCCUUUUUAAAACAAAACAAAACAGACUCUUUUUCUGUAAAUCUCAGACCUUUGACCAUGGACGGUGCCGGAGACGACGGCAAUGGUUCGGUCGGAGUACAGAUCCGACAAACCCGGAGACUCCCGGAUUAUCUCCAGAGCGUGAAUCUCAAGUACGUGAAGCUAGGCUACCACUACGUAAUCUCAAACCUCUUGACCCUCUGUCUACUCCCCCUCGCCGUCGUCAUCUCCGUCCAAGCCUCCCACGACGAUCUCCGCCACCUCUGGCUCCACCUCCAGUACAAUCUCGUCAGCAUCAUCACCUGCUCCGCCAUCCUCGUCUUCGGUUUAACCGUCUACGUCAUGACCCGACCCCGACCCGUUUACCUCGUCGACUUCUCCUGCUACCUCCCUCCCGAUCACCUCAAAGCUCCCUUCUCCCGCUUCAUGGCCCACUCUCGCCUCACCGGAGACUUCGACGACUCUGCCCUCGAGUUCCAGCGCAAGAUCCUCCAGCGCUCUGGUUUGGGAGAAGACACUUACGUCCCCGAGGGGAUGCACCACGUCCCGCCGAGGAUCUCCAUGGCCGCCGCGAGAGAAGAAGCUGAGCAAGUCAUGUUCGGUGCCUUGGAUAGCCUCUUCGAAAACACUAAUAUAAAUCCCAAGGAUAUUGGGAUUCUUGUUGUCAACUGUAGUCUCUUUAACCCGACUCCUUCCUUGUCUGCGAUGAUCGUGAACAAGUAUAAGCUUAGAGGGAACAUUAGAAGUUAUAAUCUCGGCGGGAUGGGAUGCAGCGCGGGGGUUAUCGCGGUUGAUUUGGCGAAAGAUAUGUUGUUGGUGCAUAGGAAGACUUACGCGGUUGUUGUGUCCACGGAGAACAUAACUCAGAACUGGUACUUCGGUAAUAAUAAAGCGAUGUUGAUACCGAACUGCUUGUUUCGUGUCGGUGGCUCUGCGGUUUUGCUGUCUAACAAGUCUAGCGACAAGAGGAGGUCUAAGUACAGGCUUUCGCAUGUGGUCAGGACGCACCGCGGAGCGGACGAUAAGGCUUUCCGCUGCGUGUAUCAAGAACAGGACGAUACGGGAAGAACGGGUGUUUCUUUGUCCAAAGAUCUGAUGGCGAUAGCCGGGGAGACUCUCAAGACCAAUAUCACCACGUUGGGGCCUCUUGUGUUGCCGAUAAGCGAGCAGAUUCUUUUUUUUACAACUCUGGUUGUGAAGAAGCUUUUCAACGGUAAGGUGAAACCGUAUAUUCCGGAUUUCAAGCUUGCGUUCGAGCAUUUCUGUAUCCAUGCUGGUGGAAGAGCUGUGAUCGAUGAGUUGGAGAAGAAUCUGCAGCUUUCGCCGGUUCACGUCGAGGCUUCGAGGAUGACUCUUCAUAGGUUUGGGAACACGUCUUCGAGUUCGAUUUGGUAUGAGUUGGCUUACAUUGAGGCGAAAGGAAGGAUGAGGAGAGGUAAUCGUGUGUGGCAGAUUGCGUUUGGGAGUGGUUUUAAAUGUAACAGUGCGGUUUGGGAAGCUUUGAGGAAUGUGAAACCUUCUAAGAACAGUCCAUGGGAAGAUUGUAUUGACAAGUAUCCAGUAACUUUAAGUUAUUAGGCUUCGUUUUGAGCAACUUUGAGAGACUCUUAUGUAGUAUCAAAUGGUUGUUUCGUUAACAAAAAAAAAAAGACGUUAGAUUUGAUCUUUGACAAUGUCAAUGUUCUGUUGUUUUUACUAUGUUUUGAGAGGUUUUGUGGUGUCUUAGUCACCUUUCUUGAGAAGUUGAGCUCAUGAGUUCAGAUCUUAGUUGUGUAAUGAUGAAUUCACAAUUUAAAAAA